AUGUCCGGUAGCAACAACGACGUUAUUGACGAGCCCCUCGAGGUCGUCUCCCCCCCGCGCCGCCCCCCCGCGCUCGUGGCCCCGGUUGCCGAGCUCUCUCUCCCUAGCCAGGAGAACGUUGCGGCUGCUGGCGAUGAUGCCGAGAACUCUAUUGAGUUCGAGGCUCUCGUCGGUGGUGAGGACGUGGGCGAUGAUGAGGGCAAAGGCGGUGGCGGUAGCUCUGAAGAGCUCACCGACCCCCCUUCCUCGGAGUCCGGGAGCGAGGAAGAGUCUGAGGAGGAGGAUGAUGAGGACGAACUGCUCUCCGAGCAGGACUCCAAGAAGCGCAAGGUCUCCGCCCGCUCCGUCCGCAAGAAGGGCGGCAAGAAGCAGAAGAGAACGCCGAGAGGCAAAGGCAAGCCCCGCGUCCCCAAGAAGCUCCAGGGCGAGGCUCCCGAGGAGCGGGAUGUCCAGUGCCUGCCCUGCCUUCGGGCAGCCCUCCGGUUUAACGACCGUGAGGACGGUGGCCGGUGUCUCGUGGGAAGCCGUGGCCGGUGUGCGCGCUGCUUCAACGGCCGUUCGGCCGAACAUUGUGUCGACGUUCCCAUCGUCAUGCGGCCAAUGGCCUGGGCCCUCACGGAGGCCAUCGUGGGCGGCUCUUCCGCUCUUGAAAUCUCCAAAAUCCGCAAUGCGGUAAACUGGAUGAUCGCCCACCAGGGCGAGUACGAGGACCACAUCCGCUUCUGGGCGGACAAGUUCGCUCCCCCCGCGAGCCCCCCGCCCCCUCCCCCGAGUGCGCCUGUGUUGUCGGUUGCGCGUGUUGUGGUCGUUUACGACCAACCUCCUGUCGCCCCGCCCGCUCCCACCCCCCAGGUCGUUGACCUGACGGUCACUCCGCCCCCGGCUCCCCCUGCUGCUCCGGCUGCCCGUGGUUUCGAGGACUUCGAGGCGCGCAAGGCGCGGUUCCUGGCGCGCGUUUCCUCCCUCCUCGCCGCCGACGCCAUGGUUCCGGCGGUUUCGUUCUUCUUGGACCAAGAGUUCAAAUAG